AUGUCGUUGAACAGGUUUUCGACUUCGUCUCUGCAUCAGCAGGCCAUCAGGCCGGUCGGCAGGGCGGCUCGAGGGGCCCCAGUGAGAGUUCACGCGGGGGCGGCGCUUCCAGCAGAGUACAAGACGGUGACACCUCUGGGGCAACGAGUAUUCGUGAGGGUAGAUUCUGCUGAUGCCACCACCGUUGGAGGUAUAAUGCUUCCGUCUUCUGCCCAGAAAGCCCCAACUCAGGGUGAGGUGGUGGCCGCCUUCCAAGACAGCAAUGUGAAGGUCGGAGACCGCAUUGUGUACAGCAAGUAUGCUGGAACAGAGGUGGCAAUGGAUUCGCAAGAGCAUGUGUUGCUGAAGGAGGAGGAGGUUGUGGGCAUCAUGACGUCAGCAGAUGUAAAGGCACUGGCGCCUGUGGCUGAUAGGAUUCUGGUGGAGGUGUCAGAUGUCGAUGCUGCCACCUCAGGCGGUGUGCUUCUCACAAGCGGUGCACAGGAGAAACCCACAUUCGGAAAGGUGGUUGCCGUGGGACCUGGGAAGAAGGGUGAGAAUGGCGAAGUAACCAAGCCCGAUGUGAAGAUUGGCACAAAGGUCCUGUACUCCAAGUACAGUGGCAUUGAGUUCGAGGACAAUGACAGGAAGUACAUCGUGAUUCGGGAAAACGACAUCCUGGCGGAGCUUGCCUGA